AUGCGCACUUCUAGUAAUCCCAACGCCGCUGUGGCAGGAUGUGCCUGGGUUGUUAUCGUCCUAAUUCAUUGGAUGGAAAGAUUUUUGCAUGACUGGAUACUCGUUGAUACUUGGCUCUGCGCGGUUCGUCUGGCAACGUCUGUGAAGCAGUCUAACAAGCUGGAAGUUGAUCGCUGUCCGCUUGGUUUGGUGCAACUGAGACUUAAUAAGAUGGUCUCGGAUGGGGACCGCGUGAUCCUCACUGUGCCUGGUUGGAGACACUACAAGAUAUGGCUGCCAACCGAUGUCAAUGGUGUUCUUGUUAUCAGUUCCUAUCCAGAUUGCCUGAGUGAGUGUCAGGAGGUCCCUCCCCCGUCCACCUUUAUUCUUUUCUUUACAAUAAGGCUUUCAUGUAAAUCAUGGCUGUACGGCAGUGAAGCAUCGGUUUUGACACUGAUGUCCAUGAUGAUGAAAGUACCCGAACUAGCAAUAUUCCAACACUACCAACUAAAUUGUGCAAGGAAGGAGCUAUGGGGGAUUCAGUGGCUGAGGUGCGGAUGGUUCAAUCGCGAAUUCACUGACCGGAAGUCCCGUGGUUCGAAUCCGACCUCUGCAUCUCGACUUCUAUCUAGACUUGGGCUAUCCGGCGGUAACCCUAAUUCACAAGCUUCACUCACUCGACAGAGUUGUAUCAAACCGGUGAAGGUCGACACACAAGGUGGCCGUACUAAAUCAAUACGGAUUGAACAGGAUGGUACCUACACCGCUGUUACAGAGACUGGGGAAAGUUACACUCUAAAGAAGGCCUCCAUAUCGCUGAAUGAUUGUCUGGCGUGUAGCGGAUGUAUUACCACCGCAGAAAGCGUGCUAAUUUCGGAGCAUAGCGCGCCGACGUUUUUGAACGUUUUACGUCAAAGAGACCAAGCCUCCAGUUCUAAGCGCACAAUAGUCGUUUCCAUAUCACCGCAGUCCAUUGUCAGCUUGGCCUCGUAUUUGAAUAAGAACGAUGCUGUACGUUAUAAAGAGUGGAAAGCGAAAUUUUCAACUGACCUCGAAGGCCUGCCAGAAGCGGAAUGCACGGAGCGCUUUUUGGUGCAGCAGUUCCGUGCGAUGGGUGUCGGCCUCGUACUGAAUACCACGUGGUUCCGAGACAUCGCUUUAUCCGAGUCUGCUGCAGAAUUCAUCCGGCGUUUCACGGCAGCCAACUCUGACCCGACUGGUGCACAUCUACCGGUGUUCUGCGGUGCUUGUCCAGGCUGGAUUUGUUACGCGGAGAAAACCCACACUGGUGUGGAAACAUCAAAGGAAACCACAAAGUUCGUGAACCAAUCCUUCUCUAUUCUCCCGCACUUGUCCGUCGUGCGUUCUCCACAGCAAAUAGCGGGAAGUUUACUAAAACGUCUGUCUGAAUCUCAGCAAUCCUCGCUGUACCAUGUCACCAUAAUGCCAUGUUUUGACAAGAAGCUAGAAGCGUCGCGGACUGAGUUCGCUUCGCCGGCGCAUUCGGCACGGCAAGAUGAUCCCGAAAUGGUUCCGGAUGUGGAUUUGGUUCUGGCCACCAACGAAUUACUGGAAAUCCUCGACACAGUCUAUGAAGAGAUCACUGACCAAGGGCCACUAUCGAUGAAAGAACCAGUUAAUGUUGAAUGUGAUUUGUGGCAAAUAUUGAAGGGAUCUCAUAUCAGCUCAGUUAAUGGAGCGGUGCAUAGCCCCAUGCCUGAACCAACCCCAUUGCGAACGCCAAUGUACCGGCAUGCAGGCAGUGGUUCCGGUGGAUACGCUCUGUUCGUGUUUGCACAGGCUGCUGCGGAACUAUUUUCCAUUCAUUUGCCCCCUGACGAUCCAACAUCAGACGACCGCGUUCUGACGCGGACCCUUCAGAACCAAGACUUGCAGGAGCUACUUCUUUUCGCAUCUAGUCAGGAUUGUGCCACCGCCAAGCAGAUGUUAUCCAAUCUUCCAAACAGUCGUACGCCUUAUCGAUCAAUCAAAUCAGUCAAACCGCCUGCUUGUUUGCUCGCAUUUGCUGUGGCGAACGGGUUUCGGAACAUUCAAAACUUGGUGCAGUCCUUGAAAAAUGUGUACAAAGCGAGGCAUUGUAUGGAGAACCAACCUACUGCACGUUCCACAUGCUAUCCGUUCGAUUACGUGGAAAUCAUGGCCUGUCCGGGAGGUUGUAUAAACGGUGGUGGGCAGCUGAAAGGAACUUUUGAACAAGCAUUCACGUUUUACCACGAACUUCCAUCGAUGCGACCAAUGUCGACUUGGAUUGCACAGCAGAUCGGAGCGUACGUGGACCAGACGGACCCGGAACACCGUUCCUUACACACGCAAUAUCGAGAAGUCCCUAAAAUCGAAAUUAUCAAUCCUUCAGCCUUACAGUGGACCGAACACACACGUUUGAUUCCGAAAGGUAAUCUAUUCCCGUCCAUGGCCUACAAGUUCUCUCCAGGAUGUGUGAAGCGCAUGCCAAACCAUAAAGCAAAAUUAUUUAGAUCAUCUAAUAUUGUUUGCAUUACCACGGGGUCAGAUCCAAGAAGAGCUAUGUCGUCUGCAUACUGUACCCUUCUACAGCAGGCUAAGAGCUCAGAUAUCGUUGUGGUUGCUGGCGAUAUGAACGCCCAGGUUGGUGUCCCCGUGACCUCGUCUGUGCUUGGCUGGAGACGUUGCAAGGAAUGGCGGCUAAUCGAUGUCAGUGGCGUUCGUGCUGUCAAUUUCUUUCCAGUUUGUCUGAUUGGGCGGUUGGAGGCGUAG